AUGGCACUAAGCGAUGCAGAUGUUCAGAAACAGAUCAAGCACAUGAUGGCCUUCAUCGAGCAGGAGGCCAACGAGAAGGCGGAAGAAAUCGAUGCAAAAGCUGAGGAAGAGUUUAACAUCGAGAAGGGCCGUCUAGUGCAGCAGCAGCGCCUCAAGAUCAUGGAAUACUACGAAAAGAAGGAAAAGCAGGUCGAGCUGCAAAAGAAGAUCCAGUCAUCAAACAUGCUGAACCAGGCUCGUUUGAAGGUGCUGAAGGUACGCGAAGACCAUGUAUCCAGCGUGCUCGACGAGUGCCGUCGUCGUCUCGGCGAAGUUACAAAGGAUUCCACUCGCUACGGCGAAAUCCUGACUGCCCUCAUCACCCAGGGAUUGCUCCAGCUGAUGGAAGCCAGUGUUCUUAUUCGUGGCCGUCAAGCGGACGCACAAAUCAUCCAGAACGUGCUACCGGCGGCCGUAGAAUUGUACAAGUCCAAGUGCGGUCGUGACGUGGUAGUCACAUUGGACACGGAGUCCUUCCUCCCGGCCGAUACGACUGGUGGAGUCGAUCUGUUGGCACAGGUGGGACGUAUCAAGGUGUCCAACACGCUUGAGUCGCGACUGGAGCUGAUUGCUCAGCAGUUGGUGCCGGAGAUCCGUAAUGCGCUGUUCGGUCGCAACAUGAACCGCAAAUUCAACGAUUAAGAAGAGCAAUCCUGGUUGAUGUGCUGCUCGCGAGUAGCAGUAAUGAUGCCUCCAUCACUUCAACAGCACCAUCCGCAGGUGAUGGAACGGUAUACAUACAUCCAGUAAUGCACGUAAAAACCACCAUCCAUUCUUACAUAGAUAUCCUUGUUUCCGCAUGCAAAUAGCAGGUUCUAUAACAAUUACCUAUACUACCUAUCGGUCAGCAAUUGUAGAA